AUGACUGCUGAUGGCCGGAAGGAGAAACCUGAGCACUUCCUGCUGGGAGUUGUCCUGAUGGAGCAGGUGCACAGCUGGUUGGCCCUGCGGCUCUGGGCACCUGACACGAGGAGCAGCAACGGAAGCCCCCCUGCUGGCCCUGGUGACCCCUACCGGGGGUCCCCUGACCCACUCUUCUCUGCUCACUCCACUGGCAUCCGUGCCAGGCCCUCAACAGACCUGCCUUGCACGAGGUUCUCAUCCCAUGGGGACAGACAGACAGAAAUCCCCGGCGAGACGGAUCAGCGUCACCGCUGCGAAGGAGGACGUGGACCCACAGCUCCCGCAGGCCUCGGCUACCUCCUGGUCACAUCCAGCCCUCACAGGAUCCUUACCAUCACCCAUGAAGUGGACGUGUCCCGCCAGCUGGUAUCAAUGUCCCUGUCUUGCAGUGGAUCUUGCCCAGGGCGGCAGCGGCGGCGGUUGUGGGGGGGAAGUGACUGGGCGGUGCCGGCGCAGGAGACGAUACCGUUUCCAGUUACAACGCAGGGAUCACAGCCACCACAGAAGCACUAUGGCAUUACCUCUCCCAUCAGCCUAGCAGCCCCCAAGGAGACUGACUGCCUGCUUACACAGAAACUAAUUGAGACUCUGAAGCCCUUUGGGGUUUUUGAAGAGGAAGAGGAACUGCAGCGCAGGAUUUUAAUUUUGGGAAAAUUAAAUAACCUCGUCAAAGAGUGGAUACGAGAAAUCGGUGAAAGCAAGAAUCUUCCACAAUCUGUAAUUGAAAAUGUUGGUGGAAAAAUUUUUACAUUUGGAUCUUAUAGAUUAGGAGUACAUACAACAGGUGCCGAUAUUGAUGCGCUGUGUGUUGCGCCAAGACAUGUUGAUCGAAGUGACUUUUUCACCUCAUUCUAUGAUACGUUGAAAUUACGGGAAGAAGUAAAAGAUUUAAGAGCUGUUGAAGAGGCAUUUGUACCAGUUAUAAAACUGUGUUUUGAUGGGAUAGAGACUGAUAUUUUGUUUGCAAGAUUAGCACUGCAGGCUAUUCCAGAAGACCUGGACUUAAGAGAUGACAGUCUGCUUAAAAAUGUAGAUAUAAGAUGCAUAAGACGUCUUAACGGUUGCAGGGUAACCGAUGAAAUUUUACAUCUAGUACCAAACAUUGACAACUUCAGGUUAACCCUGAGAGCUACCAAACUGUGGGCCAAACGCCACGACAUCUGUUCCAAUAUAUUAGGUUUCCUCGGUGGUGUUUCCCGGGCUAUGCUAGUAGCGAGAACUUGCCAGCUUUAUCCAAAUGCAAUAGCAUCAACUCUUGUACAUAAAUUUUUCUUGGUAUUUUCUAAAUGGUAUGUGUUUAGAUUAUAUUAAAAUAAAAUUGAUUGUAGACACUGAAAAAAAAAA